AUGGAAGCCUUCAAUCCGAUGCAGUACAAUAUCACCAGCGUGGUCUCAGAGACGAUGCCAAUUGCCACAGUCCCAGUCUUGCUCCUCAUAGGCUUCCUGUUCCUGAUGUGGACUUGUGAAGAAGCAACAACCAUACCAGGUAAGUUCUUUCAAAGCAGAGGCUUGCAUCCAACUUUUACUCAGAGAAGACCCAUUGCAAGUAAAGGAUCUGAGAUAAUUGGGAAAGGGGCUUUGCAUGCAAAAGACCCCAGGUUCAUCUCCAGGCAGGGUUGGGAGAGACCACUGACUAAAUUGCUGGAGGGUUGCUGGCAGUCAGUGUAGACAAUACUGAACUUGAUGGAACCAUGGUCUGACUUAGGAUAAGUCAUAUGUUCCUAACCAUGUUCAUGAAUUUCAAUUCGUUCACCGGUUACUGCAUUUAAACCCUGCCUUUCCUCUAAGGAUCUCAAUAUUGCAUCCAUGGAUCUUCCUUUCUUCAUAUGAGCUUCACAACAACCCUAGCAGGUAGGCCAGGCUGAAUGGUGGUGAAGGGCACAGAGUAGGAAUUUGAGCCCAGGUCUCCCAAGUCCAACAUCCUGCGUCACACUACUCUGACUAACAUUGAAUGCAACCCAUUGUGCAUGAGAUAGCCUAUAAUUUCCACUUUUAAAUAUAUGCAGAAGACAGGGGAAAAAACCUCUCCUUCAAGGAGAAUUAGAAAUGGCAAAUGAAAGCAAUCAUAUUAUAAUCUGGGCUAUCUUCUAUUUUAUUUGCAAUUUUAAAAAAGUGCAUGGCCUCUCAGGAGCUGAAAGCACCUUGUAAUUUGAAUCUUCCCUUCACACUUCAUCCCAUUAGAACUAAUCUCCUCAUGUUACUUGUCCCUGCCACUGAUUCAUCUGAGGCAUGGGUAGACAAACUAAGGCCUGGGGUCCGGAUCCGGCCCAAUCACCUGCUAAAUCCGGCCCUCGGACGGUCCAGGAGCCUGCGUGUUUUUACAUGAGUAUAAUGUGUGCUUUUAUUUAAAAUGCAUCUCUGGGUUAUUUGUGGGGCUUAGAAAUUCAUUCCUCCCCCCCCCCCAAAAAAAAUAUAGUUCGGCCCCCACAAGGUCUGAGUGACAGUGUACUGGCCCCCUGCUGAAAAAGUUUGCUGACCCCUGAUCUGAGGCAUGAGCAGAGUGCUAUCCUAACCUUGUCUCUUCAUAAGCAAGUCCUCUUGCGUUCAGUGUUAGGACUGCAGCCUGAACUCUCAAUGAACUCAGUCUCAUUUCGGAGUAGACCUCUGCAGGAUGCUGCUGUUAGUGCCUUGCUCCUAAUACAUAUCUAUUGGCAUUGGUGUCACUUUAAUUGUUUGCUUAUUUCCCAUGUUCAGACAGGAUUUUGCAUAUUACUGGAUCACGGAAUUGUGGAGCUGGAAGGCCAUUUAGUCCAACACCCUGAAAUGCAGGAUUCCUGCUUACAGCCACCCUGAGUGGGCUCAAACCACCAACCUUCUGGUUAAGAGCCAGAUAGACUGAUCCUUUGUGCCACCGGGAUAAACUGGUCAUAGAUAGUCAGUUUCAUGGAUUGAUGCCCUAUUCAGCCAAUGAAAAUCACUGAGUGACCUUGGCUUGGUCACUGUCCCCGGCCAGGGCUGGUUUUUUUCAAUUGGAACUCACCGGAAGUCAGUUCCAGUAUCUACAGUGGUACCUCAGGUUACAGACGCUUCAAGUUACAGACUCCGCUAACCCAGAAAUAGUACCUCGGGUUAUAAACUUUUCUUCAGCAUGAGAACAGAAAUCGCGUGGCGGCGGCACGGCAGCAGCAGGAGGCCCCAUUAGCUAAAGUGGUACCUCAGGUUAAGAACAGUUUCAGGUUAAGCGCAGAGCGAACCUCCAGAACGAAUUAAGUUCUUAACCCGAGAUACCACUGUACUCUGCUUUCAGAAGGUGCCUGUCUGAAAUCCUGACGAGGUGCUGUCAGUCAAUAUCAGGGGUCAGCAAACUUUUUCAGCUGGGGGCCAGUCCACUGUCCCUCAGACCUUGUCAGGGGCCAGACUAUAUUUUUUUUGGGGAGGGGGGUGAACGAAUUCCUAUACCCCACAAAUAACCCAGAGAUGCAUUUUAAAUAAAAGGACGCGUUCUACUCAUGUAAAAACACGCUGAUUCCCGGACCGUCCGCGGGCCGGAUGUAGAAGGCGAUGGGGCCGGAUCCGGCCCCCAGGGCCUUAGUUUGCCUACCCAUGAUAUAGACAACCAUGAGCUAGAUGGACCUAGCUCAUGGUGCAGCAGGUGCAGAAUGCCGCGGCGAGGCUCCUUACGGUGUCCUUGCCGCGAGAUCACAUUCAUCCAGUGCUCUACCAACUGCACUGGCUCCCGGUGGAGUACAGGGUCAGGUUUAAGGUGCUGGUUUUGAUCUUUAAAGCCCUAUGCGGCCUAGGACCCACGUACCUACAGGACCACCUCUUCUGGUAUGCCUGCGGAGGACCUUAAGUUCCACAAAUGACAACAUUUUGGAGGUCCCAAGUCGCAGGUUGGUUAGAUUGGUCUCAACUAGGGCCAGGGCCUUUUUAGUACUGGCCCCGACUUGGUAGAACGCUCUUUCACAAGAGACCAGGGCCCUGCGGGACUUGGCAUCUUUCCGCAGGGCCUGCAAGACAGAGCUGUUCCACCUGGCCUUCGAUUUGGACUCAGUCUGACCCUUAUGUUUCCCUCCCCUUAUGCUUUGAUCUAUGGGCUACUUUUAAAAUGAGGCUGCAUUUUAAAUUGCAUUUUAACCUGUAUUUUAAAUUGGGUUUUUUUCCCUAUUACGUUUUUACUAUAAUUUUACUGGUGUUAGCCGCCCUGACCCCGGUUCUGGCUGGGGAGGGCGGGGUAUAUUAUUAUUAUUAUUAUUAUUAUUAUUAUUCUUAUUUUAAUGGUGUGACUCUGCAUAAGACAUAUCCUUUGUUCCUGUGAGGUCCCUUCUGACUUGAUGUUUAACUCCCCCUGAAAGCCAUACAAGUGAGUGGCACCUUGUAGCAGAUGAUUCCAUGAAUCAGGGUUGCUGGAUUCUCAUCUCCCAUCAGCCCAUCAAUGGGAGAAAUUCCCUUUCUCAAAGUGCCUGGUCCUUCAAAUUUGGAAUCUUAAACACCAGUGGCAUGCAGUCAGUGGACCAGGGAGACUAGGCUAGCUCCUUGUGUUCUCUCGACACACACCUUUGUCAUUCCAGGGUUGGGUGCCCCAUUCAGACAGUGAAAAUCACUGGGUGACCUUGGCUCAGUCACUGUCUCCCAGCCAGGGCUUUUUUUCAGCCAGAACUCUCAGGUGGCUGCCAUUGCCAUUUGAAGAGAAUGAGGGAGGUGUUCAUGGUGAGUUCCAACACCUCUUUUUCUAGAAAAAAUUUCACUGCUCCCAGCUCUGUCGCAUCCAGCAAGAUGAUUCUGCCUACUGGAAGCUCUGGGUGGGAGCCAGACUGAAUUAGCUGCAUUUAUUUCUCAGGGAAACAAGACUUUAGAUACCAGUCCAGUGUUGUGAUCCCAACACUUGUUUCUAAGCAAGCAAGUUUAGGAUGGGAUAUUAUCAUUUAUUAAAUCUACCUACAAGAAGCACAGGAUAUAUCAAAAACUCUAAACAUACGUACUUGCCAAUAAGCUAUUUUAAAUCUGCCUUAUAAAAAUGUAAACUAAGAGAAAUCAGGAAGCUUGACACUGUAGAAGUUCAUGUGAGAGCAUCACUUCAUUGAUCUCAGUGGAGCAAUUUCAUACUGAAAUGCAUUUGGUCUUUUCCAUUCUUCACAUUCUGGAGAAGAGCCAAUAUCUUACACAUUUGCCUCGCUCUGUUAUCAAAACAUUGUCUGCAUUUUUUCAAACCGCAUUUGGAGCAUAUGACUGGGGCAGCCUUGAGAGAUCAUUUGGCGUAAAAGGUUGCGGCAUACUCUCAAAAUAAACAAAGCAGUGAAACAAAUGCCAGGCUGGAUUAAACUAGCCCUCUCAUAUCCUUUCAAUUACUGUAACAGCCUUUCGGAUAGUAUCAGGAUUGGGGAACCUAUGUUGCAGGACUACAACUCCUAUUGUACAUGACAAGAUGCCUGGGGCUAAAUUCUGAGUUCCAGCAAGUUUUGGCUGGAGAAAUAAACCAUGUGUAUGCCACUUUUGGAGGGAUGCGGGUGGCGCUGUGGGUUAAACCACAGAGCCUAGGACUUGCCGAUCAGAAGGUCGGCGGUUCGAAUCCCCAUGACGGCGUGAGCUCCCAUUGCUCGGUCCCUGCUCCUGCCAACCUAGCAGUCCAAAAGCACAUCAAAGUGCAAGUAGAUAAAUAGGUACCGCUCUGGCGAGAAGGUAAACGGCAUUUCUGUGUGCUGCUCUGGUUCGCCAGAAGCUGCUUAGUCACGCUGGCCACAUGACCCAGGAGCUGUACGCCAGCUCCCUCGGCCAAUAAAGCGAGAUGAGUGCCGCAGCCCCAGAGUUGGCCACGACUGGACCUAAUGGUCAGGGGUCCCUUUACCCUUAGUCAGCCAAGUUUGAAUGCGCACUUCUAGCCACACUCUACAGGAAGGCUCCUCCUGCAGAGCUGCACAUGUGGCAUACAUGGUUCUCCCUUCCCCAUUUUUAUCCUCACAAUAAGGGAAAUUUUGAAGCACCGCAUUGUUCAAAAUUUUUUUAUAUUCCAUUUCUAUUGCGCCCUUCAUCCAGGGAUCACAGGGUGGUUUACAAUAUAGCAUCACAAAUAUACAUAACAUAGUAACAAACAAAAUAUUAUAUAUGAAUGGAUGCUGCUGAUAAAAUCCAUCUCUCUCCCCCCCCCCCCUUCUUUUAGGCCCUGGCUACUGUAUGGGGAUUGGUCCCCUUAUUUCGCAUUGGAGAUUCCUCUGGAUGGGUAUUGGCAGUGCCUGUAACUACUACAACAAGAUGUAUGGUGAAUUUAUGAGAGUCUGGAUCAACGGAGAAGAGACCCUCAUUAUUAGCAAGUAAAUCUUUGAUUUCUGAAAGUCUGGAUGGAGAGUAACUAUUGCUAUUAGAGUGUCCAGAUGUAAGAGGAAAUUUCUUGAUAUCUGUCCUGAAAAAAACAGGUGGGAAGUACCAUUAAAGAUAAAAUAACCAAGCAGGUAGAAGAACAAGCCUUGCUAAAGCACAGCCAGCAUGGCUUCUGCAAGGGCAAGUCCUGUCUCAUGAACUUUUCAGAGUCUGUUGAGAGUGUCAACAGCGGAGAGCAUGAGGCAAUCUGGUUGACAUAAUUUCUACAAGGAAAGGGUGCGGCAUUUGAGACUUCUUAGUGUUUGCAUCUGGUUACUCUAAUUUAUUUAUUGUGCAUUUUGAGAGAACCUAUAUACUGAUUAAUUACAAUGACAUCUAAGCAAGGUCUGAUUCCUAGGGCACAACCAGGGGUGGGCUUGGGCAAUCUCUCUAAUACAGUGCCCUGGGUGAGGUCAAAAUCUGGUACCCCCAAAUGGAUCUUCUCAAUCUUGCACCUCCUUCGUGGGGGAACCACGCACAUCGCCCUAAAUCCAAUACUGGCACAACCCUGGCUAGAUCCUUCUUCACUAGUUUUAUGGAGCUGACUGCACUCUUUUUACUGCUGGCUUCCGAUGGCAGUGAGAGGAGAAUCUAAAGAGGAAAAUUUGAAAUGGAAUCUUUCUCUGUGUAAAGAAUAAAGGUAAAGGGACUCCUGACCAUUAGGUCCAGUCGUGGCCGACUCUCAUCUCGCUUUACUGGCCGAGGGAGCCGGCGUACAGCUUCCGGGUCAUGUGGCCGGCAUGACUAAGCCGCUUCUGGCGAACCAGAGCAGCGCACGGAAACACCGUUUACCUUCCCGUUGGAGCGGUACCUAUUUAUCUACUUGCACUUUGACGUGCUUUCAAACUGCUAGGUUGGCAGGAGCAGGGACCGAACAACGGGAGCUCACCCCGUCGCGGGGUUUCAAACCACCGACCUUCUGAUCGGCAAGCCCUAGGCUCUGUGGUUUAACCCACAGCGCCACCCGCGUCCCAGUGUAAAGAAUACCAGGCUCAUAAAGAGCAGUAGAAAACACUUCCUGCUUUUGUUGCAAGGGGCCCAAUCUGAAUCAGGGCUUCAGUGUGGGGGAACUCAAGCACUCCCCCGCCCCCAGCCACAUGCCAGGAUCCUAAUCUAGAUUAGGCACCCCGAUGCUGGCUAGUCUGUAGAGAUCAGAGAACACAUCAUAGAUCAUAGAAUUGUAGAACUGAAAGGGACCCUGAGCAUAGCUGUCAACGUUUCCCUUUUUUUAAGGGAAAUUCCCUUAUUCCGAAUAGGAUUCCUCGCGAGAAAAGGGAACAGUUGACAGCUGUGAGGAUCAUCUAGUCCAACCACCUGCAAUGCAGGAAAAUACAGCUGUCCCACACGGGGACUGAACCUGUGACCUUGGCAUUAUCAGCACCAUGCUCUAUCCCACUGAGCUAUCUAGCCUAUCAGAAAAACCCAGCCUUCUUAAGCAAAUGCCUUGACUCAUGUCCUAUGUAGUUUUGUGCCAUUAAAAAGUCACCCGCUAAUUUCUGCAAAGCGCACCUCUGUUAAGAGAUGGGAGGAGGCCAGGCCAGAAGUUGAGCGUUGUCUUGGUUGCAUUUUCCUGCCCAUGUGACAACCCAGCCUCAUCACAUUCCUUGCACUGUGGAGCUUUGCUGUUGACACCACGCUGAUAUUUCUUAGCUUUUAGCUCCCUCUUGAGGACAUUCAGCUUCAGUUGCUGGUCUUAGGAUAAACUGCGGUAGCUGCACAAACAGAAAAAUGAUGAAAACCUGAAUCGUACAUUUUAAUUUAUUUCUGGUAUUGGCAUGAUUUAUUUGUGAACUAUCUUUCAACAAAUGUUCUCAAAUGUGGGCUCUUUAUUAGCGAUUGUGGCAACUUAUCUUUUCUGAAACUAACUUUUCUUUCGUUUCUUUUUUCUGUAACCUGGUAGUCACAAUUAAAUUCAAUUAAUAAAAAAAAAGAACAUGUAAACACUAUGGGAAGUGUGUGCAUAUAAGUGCAUAUGUUUGUGAAAAGAAUGCAGAAAUGCAUUGUAUUGAAGAAAAACGCUUUACAGAAAUGUGUGUGGAGAAACUUGUGCUAAAAUGCUGAAGAGUUUUCCUGACGUCUUCCCUUGAAAAAAUAAAAAUUGCAAACGGAUGUGGAAGUGUGUAAAACUGAACAUCAGAUUGGAAAAAUCAGAAACUGCCCCUUGCAGGGCGGAGGCCUCAGCAGAUGUCUGAUGAAGGUAUUCCCAAUAGCAGCUCACCCUUUCUUUGGAGAAAGCCAAGUGUACCCUCUGGGAUAUCCUUGAGGGUGGGAACAAACCAGGCCAUCGCCUCUGGUGAUGCCAACUGCUGAGGUUCAAGCCCACCCAUGGCUUCAGCCUCAACAUCCCUGCCUAGCUUUCAGCAUCUCUUCAGGUUUUGGAUCUCGCAAGACUGCGAUGGUCUGCAAAGAUAGUGUCUGUGCUACAAAGUGACCCAAAAUCUCACAGAAGGAGUUGUGUACAGCUGUCGUAAUAAAAUACAACGUCAAACACUCUGCCAAUCAACUUGUUAUGUCUUCUUCUGUGCUGAGCUAAGAAAUAAAAUAAAAAAAUCUGUGGGUUUUAUUUUGUUCCAUCAGAGGAAGAGAUUGGCCACUGGCGAUGAUCCGACUGAAAGCAAUUUGCUGACAUUGGGGGAGUUUGUUGACAUGGGGAAUAUUGCAUUCGUUAUCCAGAAUAUAACGCUAGGGCUCCUCUUCCUUUCAUACUGCAGUACCUGUUGUAUCGUGGCCCUGUGACUUUUAGACUGAUUCAGCGACGUUGCUGUUCCCCCAUCAUUUCUGCACAUGUGCACUUCUGUUAUCCCACUUUCCCCCCAUGAAAACUGUAGGAAAUAACUGCAUGCUGGGAUACUGUUUUAAAUUUUGUCAUUUUAUUCCCAUGUUAAGGGAGCUGCAAAUGUGGUUUUUCACCAGGAUUCAAAUAACACGAAAAUGAGUGCUAAACGUGUGCGACAUUCCAUUUGUUUUCUGGAAGUGGAUUUUACAUGGUUUGGAAUCUUGAAUACAAUGCCACAGUUAACAGUUAGGGAAACAUCAAGAAAACAGAAUGAAUUGCCAUGUGAAUGCGGUCUUAAUAGUCUUUCUUCUGCUUGCUAGAUCUUCAGGUAUGUUCCACGUAAUGAAAUACGGGCAUUACACCUCUCGAUUUGGGAGCAAGUUGGGCUUAAAAUGCGUCGGCAUGCACGAGAACGGAAUCAUAUUUAACAAUAACCCAGAACUCUGGAAAGAAAUCCGACCCUUCUUCACCAAAGGUAAGCUCUGGAUUUCUGGAUCUCCCUGCAGCAUCUAUUCCUCUUUUGAGAGUGCAGUCAGUCUAUGUCAUUUAAAUAAAUAAGUAGGAGAGGAUGGCUGCCAUGCCAAAUGAGCAAGAAUAGCUCAAACUCAAGCAAUGGCAAAUAGCUCCACUGAGAUACUUCCAGGCCUGGUCUCAGAGUUCAGCAUGGAUGAGGAGCUGCCCAGGGUCUCGGGGCUCAGAAGAGACCCUCACUGACUGGCCCACCCAGCCAAACCACUGGGGCCAACCUGAAGUCCCAGAUGCCCCUGCUGCCCCUGUGCCUCAGUGGCUCAGAGCACCUUUUACCUGUUCCAGUUUGUGUGCUAGCUAUGCCCAUUCGUGCACAGGAUAGCCUUGCCAUGGAGGUCCAUGUGAUGAUAACCUCACUGCUAGACUACUGCAACGUCCUCUGUGUGGGUCUACCUUUGCACCAGGUUCUGAAGAUGCAGCAACUUCCAUAUGCACCCAUUUUUACAAAUAUUACACCAGUGUGGAAGGAUUUGCUCUGGCUGCCUCCUAGGUCCUGAGCCAAAUUCAGAGGGGUUUUCUGCUGACACUAGACAUCCUAAACAACUUGGGACCAUUAUAGCUAGCAGGCUGACUCCCCUAGUGCAGACCAAGCUGAUCUUUAAGGAUCUUCUGAUGAAACCCUUCUGGUCAGUCCAAGGCUUGUUCGUUGUCACUCGGUGAGGAUGCAGAAGACAUCCUUCUUGGCAAGAGCAUCCUCCCUCUGGCUUGCCCUCCCUUAGGUAAUUCAUGAGGCAGAGAUAGUAAUUAAAAAUUGUAUAUAUAUUCCAAAGUUUUCCUGGGCUUUGCCUCUUCGCUUUUAAUCCCCUGUUGCCCCUGUUGCUUAGUUCAAUUUGGACAGUUGUGCUUUGUUUUUACCUACCGUAUUUUUCGCCCUAUAGGACGCAGUUUUUCCCCUCCAAAAAUGAAGGGGAAAUCUGUGUGCGUCCUAUGGGGCAAAUGAAGGCUUUUGCUGAAGCCUGGAGAGCGAGAGGGGUCGGUGCUCUGGGCUUCCCCAGAAAGCUAUCCGCAAGCCUGGGGAGCCCGCAGGAGUUCCCGCCGGGCUCCCAAGGCUUGCGGACAGCAGCCUGCAGCCCGAAGCCUGGCGGGAACUCCCGCACUCCGGGCCGGGCUGGCUUCAAUCGGCAGCUUCAAUCGCCCCUCCCCCAUCGCCGCGGAACCUCGCCCCAGAUUGGGAAGCUAAUCGGCUGGCGCAGCGCUGCUGAGGCUGCUCUUCUUCAACGGGGGAUACCGGCAAGCAGCCGGCCGAGGCUCCCUCUCCGCCCUGCUGCCCCAGGAAGUGGGGCGCCGCUGCGCAACGAGGCGAGGACGCGCCGUCGGGGAGCUCCCCGCUGAAGAAGCCAUGCAGGGAGCGGGAGCCGCAGAACCCGAGGCAGCGCACCCCGGGCUUUGGGCAGAUGUCCGCAAGCCUUGGGAGCUCGCAGCCUGCAGCCCAAAACCCUGGGGAGGAUUUUUUCCUUUAUUUCCCCCCCAAAAAAACUAGGUGCGCCCUAUGGGCCGGUGCGCCCUAUAGGGCGAAAAAUACGGUAGUUUUUAGGAAAGUGUAUUGAAGGCCACAGUUGUAUUCAUAUGGUUGCUUGGAGACUGCUUAGAGAUUUUUAUUACGUGAGGGGGUAUAAAAUUGUGUGUGAUAUUAAUUAAAGGCUUAAUGGAACCUAGUGCUAGCCCUAGAGACUUCCAUUUUGCUUCCUUGUUUGGGCACUUCCCCUUGAAAUAUAUAGCUCAGUACCAAACUGUCUAGACUAUAAGGAAAUUUGUGAAAUUGCAGCUCUCUCUGGCCCGGGUCUCGUGCGGAUGUUAUCUAUUUGUGUUGACUCAACGGCUGAACAUUUGAACCAGCUAACGGAAUCGGCUCCCAAGCCUGAAUACUUCAACAGCCUGAAUCUCAUGAGACGUAUCAUGCUGGACACGUCAAACAGACUUUUUCUUGGGAUUCCUCUUGACGGUACUGAAAUUAACUUUCUUAGGUUUCUCCAUGAUUCCAUAAUCAUCCCCUCUAUUUCCAAAGUCCACUGAUGAGUGUGGGUGCUUAUUUAGCCAAAUCAUCACUAUCUGCACAUAAGAGGGAAAUUUGGGGAGGUGUGGUGGAACCCCAAGGAAGGCAGAAGUACAAAAUCUCUUUUUUUUUGGUGGGGGGAGGGGAUGUCAGGCUAUGUACAUAUAAAUGCACCCAUUUAAGCCAUUCAAUGCAAGCCCUACUCAGAGUCUCUUCUUCCCUGGCGAUCCUUCAUAGCCAAGUAAGAUUGUCUUCCAUGAACACGGUUUUGACAGUGAGUCCAUAAGUGACUGUGGAGGCCAAUUCUGGAUCCACACAUCCUUCCACAGUGGGGACACAGGUUUCCGGGCAGGAGUUGAUCAUAGUGAGAGUUUGCCAAAUAUCCCUUCCUCUUAGCGUGUUUCUCCCUUUCGUCCUGAGUUCAAGCAUCUUCAAAGCCCACGACACCUUUGGUAAACGCUGUUCUCCAAUUGGAGUGUUCACAGGCCAGUGUUUCCCAGUUGUCGGUGUUUAUACUACAUUUUUUAGAUUUGUCUUGAGAGAGUCUUUAAACCUCUUUUGUUGACCACCAGCAUUACGCUUUCCAUUUUUCAGUUCGGAAUAGAGUAGUUGCUUUUGGAAGACAAUAAUCAGUCCAACGGUUGAUGUUGAAGAAUCUUUGCUUCUUCCAGUACACUGGAAGUAGUACUCAUUGAAAUUAAUAGACAUGACAGGUUAAUUGGUUUCAAUCGGUGUACUCUGAGUAGGACUGUUCACUACAACCCAUAGUCUCCUUUGGGGUGGGUGGGCACAGUCUUGAUGUCCUACUUAAUGUGUGAGAUUGUCAGUUAGUCCUUGUGCGUUUACUACAGACUUCCACAGCCUGGGGAUCUGGGGAUGUCUUGAGCUCCAGCUCACAUCAUCCCUGGCAAUGGGCCAUGGUGGCUAGGGAUGAUGGGAGUUGUAGUCCAAAAUAUUUGGAGGGCACUAGGUUGGGGAAAGCUGGUUUAGCGUAUCACCUGGCUGAUCUUAGACUGGCUGAACCCACCAAAAGAGUUGGGUCUCAGUUUUCCUUCCUAAUUAACCAUUUCAGUUGCCUGUUGAGGUCCUUUUUCUUCAUUUGCUUUCUUCAUUGCUGCCACUUCUGGGUUUGUUUGUUUUUCCUUCUCCACUGAUAGGAAGCAAUGCAAUUUUCCUAAAUAAGUGACUGAAUUGAUAGUUACAGGAGACCCCCUCUACGUCCGGAUGUAAUUCCCUGCUUGGAAUGGUCGAGAAAUUAAGAUUCACUUCUCACCAAACUUCCCUAAUCCACACUUUCUGGAAAAAAGAAUACAUGAAUCAGAACCUAGCCUUACAAUUUUCCAGAAGGAUGUGGUUGGCCCCAUCAAUGGGUUGCUGUUCACGGUGUUGGAGCUUCUUUCCAUUUAUGUUUCUGUCUCCCUUGUCAUUUGUGUGUCAUUUCAGAAAACAAAGUUGUGCUUAAAAUCCAAAACUACUUUGAUGCUUGGCAAGCGCUGCUCCUGAAACCUGACAUCUACUUUAAGAUUUCUUGGCUGUAUAAAAAAUAUGAGAAGUCUGCGUAAGUACCAGCAACAGCAGCAAUUUUACUGAGAGUGGGCCAGGAGUGCUUGCCUUGCCUACACACCUACUCUAGAGUCUUCGUUUGUGGGAGGAGUAAAAAGUGCUUGGAUUGCAGUGUAAUUGUGUGCAGUCUUUACACAGUUACCUGGGAGUAAGCUCAAUUGAAUACAGUGGGACUUACUUCUGAGUAGACAAUGUAAGGCUCCAUUUACAAUCAAGGACCAAACGUUCCACAUGUUUCCUAAGAAUGCAUUGCAAUUAAAUAAUUUAAAGUGGUUUGGUGACCUUUUCCUUCAAAAUUAUAGGAAAGGCUUCGAACGUCAGUGUCACCAUUUCUUUACUUUGGUGCAGGUAUUUUAUUUCCAGCAGAAACAGGACUCUGUUUUUGCAUCUGCAGACACACACACACCACUUUGAGGGGAGGAAAAAGGGAAACUGGGACAUUCUGGGAUCAAAUCAGAAACCAGGAUGGCUUCUGUAAUUCCGGGACUGUCCCUGGAAAAUCAGGACAAUGGAGGGUAUGGUCUCCACAGGUUGUGACAGUUUGGGGGUGUCUGUUUGGGUGUGCAUGUCUGUGUCUGCAGUAGACAAAUGUCACUUACCGUAUUUUUUGCUCUAUAAGACUCACUUUCUCCCUCCUAAAAAGUAAGGGGAAAUGUGUGGGCGUCUUAUGGAGCGAAUGUAGGCUGCGCAGCUAUCCCAGAAGCCAGAACAGCAAGAGGGAUUGCCGCUUUCACUGCGCAGCGAUCCCUCUUGCUGUUCUGGCUUCUGAGAUUCAGAAUAUUUUUUUUCUUGUUUUCCUCCUCCAAAAACUAGGUGCGUCUUGUGGUCUGGUGCGUCUUAUAGAGCGAAAAAUACGGUACUUCCUGUUCAACUGCAGUAUAGGUUGAAAUGUACAGGGCUGUCUGAUUCUUACAUCAAGGCACUGCAGGUACUAAGUGAUAUACUGGAUCCCUUCUGUUUUAGGAAGGAUUUGAAAGAAGUCAUCGAAAUCUUAAUAGAGAAGAAACGACAAGAGCUUUUCAAACUUGAGAAACUGGAGGACCACAUGGAUUUUGCAUCACAGCUGAUUUUUGCUCAGGUGAUUUAAAAAAAAAUAAAUAACGCGUGAACUGUAAUUGAUCACCUCACAUUGGGGCACAAAAAAUGCUGCUUUUAUAGAAAGUUCCCUUUUAAAUAAUAGAACAGAUAGUUCAUGUAUCUUAAGAAGAGUCCCGCUAGAUGAGACCAUGAAGAGUCCCGCUCCUCACCAUGGCUGGUAGCCAAUGAUAGCUAGAUCCUCCAUGAAUUAGUUGGUGGCCAUCGCUACAUCCUGUGGGACUGUGGCUCAGUAUUAUAUUUUCUGACAUACAGCAGCUCUCAAAGUACUGAGCUUUCCCCUCAUCAGACAUGGGUGUGCCAGGAUUUUUGUUGGGGGAGGUAGCUGUUGAGCUUUUUUUAGGAGAUCCAUCAAAGUUGUGAGUUUUGGGAGGGAAUCAUGGGGGCAUGCUUUUCAGUAAUUUCUGUGGAUCUAGUGGGACCUGCCCCCUUUGCUAUGGCCAUGCUUGGAAGCACCAAGGAAUGAAACCUGGGACCUUCUGCAUGCAAAGGAUGUGUUCUGCCAUGGACCUAUGACUUCUCCCCACCUGUGAUGAGCAAAUUGCUUCAUUUAUCCCUGGCUUUUCCCACCACAAACACAGUAGGGAUGGGAGAGAGAUGGGAUUCCGUCGGCGAAAUCGGCAAACCUAUCCAAUCCACACUUUCAGAAACAGUAUGUAAACUGAAACGCAGCUGCAUAGCUGUCAACCGUCCCUUAUUUGGCGGGAAACUCCCUUAUCCCAGUGCCAUGUCCCGCUGCUGUCCCUUAUUGAUGAAGUCCCUUAAAUUUCCCGGGUUUCAAAGGAAGCAGCUCCUCUCGCUCCCUCCCUGCCGGCCAGGGAGGAGGGAGGCUCCAAUAAGGAGUCUAAGAACGACUGGGGGGUGGAGCUUGCAUGCCUUGUGCCGAUCAAAUCGGCCGCGUUGCCUGGGGACUCACCUUUGCUCAGCGCUUCCCAGCGGAGAGGGGACGGUGGUUUUCCUUGCUGCAUCACCUUUGCCGGGUUGCUGCACUGUGGGAACCACUGCUUGAGGCUUCGUUUGGCUGCUGGCUGGGCUUUCUGCCUUUGGCUUGGAGGGGCUCAGAAGUUGAACAUACCUGUGCUCUGAAAAUCCCUUAUUUUGGCUGCUGAUCCCUUAUUUCCAAGGCUGCUGUUCCCUUAUUUUCAAAUCUGUAAGUUGACAGCUAUGCGCAGCUGUCCUUCAGAAUUUGCACUUUUCUCCUGCCAAGUAAUGUGUACAAAAAGGCAUAUACUAGGGUAAAGUGUGCACAGAAAUUGCAUGCAAAAAUGCAUUAUAUUGGGGAAAAUUGGUUUGCAAGUGUAUGCAUAUUAGAAAUGUUUAUUUAUUUGUUUUAUGACAUAUAUAUGCCACCUUUUUUCUUCCAAGGACCUUAAGGUGGUGUACAUGGUUCUCCACCUCACGAUUCAUCCUCACACCAACACUGUGCGGUAGGUUAGGCUGAGAAGCAGUGACUGGUCCAAGGUCACCCAGUGAGCUUCAUAGCUGAGCGGGGAUUCGAACCCUGGUCUCCCAGGUCAUAGUCCGAUACGCUAACCAUUACACCACAUGUAUAUUAGGAGAACUUUGCACAUAAUUGCAGGUACAUUUCCACAAGAGCAUUUUAAAAGCAUCCACAUGGUGAUGUGGAAAUGUGGGGAACUAGAGUUAAGACUGAGGGGAAAAUGAGAACCUGAGAGAAACCAAAAUUGAGUGAUUUGCACAUUUCCAAAACACAACCGGCUGAUGGUCCUCUGAUGCAUUGAUGCAUUGCCCUAGACACACUGCCCUACUGAGUUCAUUCUCUCACUGCUCACUGAUCUGAGUAGAAUUUGACACUGUUGUUGGCAACCAAGUCUAGUAGCCAUCAUCUGCCCAUUCAAUCUUUCAGAGCCGUGGGGACCUAACUGGUGAGAUGGUCAACCAGUGUGUUUUGGAGAUGCUGAUAGCUGCCCCAGAUACUCUCUCGGUGACUCUGUUCUUCAUGCUAGUGCUGAUUGCAGAACAUCCUCAGGUGGAAAAGGAGAUGAUGAAGGAAAUAGAGGCGGUGAUGGGUAAGCACUCAGUGACACUGGAAGAGAAGGGUGAUUUCCCUAAUGAACAAAUAUGUACUGUGAGCUAGGAAGGGUCCAAACUAUUAGUGAUCCAGAGAUAAUGAUCCAAAAGUUUUCUGUAAAACCCAGCUGAACACUAGGCUUGCCGCUUUAAUUUGGCGGCAGGGAAUAGAAUGGCUCUUGUGCCUUUGAUAACUGCUGAAUGUUCAAAAAUUAGGCUGGAUUAUUUAUUGUGAUACUCUCUCUGUGGCAUUCAAAGCACUCUGGAAACUUCCAUUGGUGUGAAAUGUUGCUGACCUGUUGAUAACUAACAAAAGCCGGAGAGGGGAACUGGGAAUGGUCUCCUACACAGCUGUAGGUCACCUCACAUCACAACAACAUUGGGUGAUCAGUUCUUGCCACAUUGGAGUCCUGACAAUAAGCUGAUGGUUGGAACUUCAAAGUGCUCAGUGCUGCUCCACCAAGCAAGCACCACCAGCUGAUCAUCAUUUCAAGUGUCUCUCUACAGGAUCGCUGAUUGUUUGUGCUUGCAGAGGACUAUGUAUGGGUCUUUGAAACCCCAACAGCCAGCUUAACUUCAGGGCUUCAGCACCAUAGCUCUGUUAGUUUGGACUGUGCAAGGAAUUGGUUUUGCUUUGUUUUCACAUGAUUCUCCCACUUGCUAUCUGAAGUGGUUCAGUCCCACAACAGAGACAUCAAGCGAGGAUGUAGUCUUGAUAGUCUGUUUCUCAGAAGUGAUCAGCAAGACUCAAGUUUUAGGUUUUUAUACUGAAGCAAAAUUAAAAAGCUGGCUUUAAAAGUGUACAAAUGAAUUCUGCAAUUCUGCAAUUCUGCCAUAUUCCAAAUCUGUGCAGAAAUGUCAUUUGAGCUCUUUCUCAGUGGUGAUAUCAGAGACCAGCUGUUUUAUCUUACAUGCUUCCUAAAGGUGACAGAGAUAUCCAAAGUGAGGACAUCCCAAAGCUAAAAGUGGUGGAGAAUUUUAUUCUCGAGAGCAUGAGAUACCAGCCAGUCGUGGACUUGGUCAUGCGCAAAGCCUUGCAAGACGAUGUGAUUGAUGGCUAUCCUGUCAAGAAAGGAACCAACAUCAUUCUGAACAUCGGGCGCAUACAUAAGCUUGAGUUCUUCCCCAAGCCAAAUGAAUUCUCACUUGACAACUUUGAGAAAAACGUAAGUUUGGGGUUUGUUUGUUUUCAAUUGUUUAAGGCUGUUGCUUCACUAUCAUCAGUAUCUGGUCUCUUCAAGUAGUUGCUAGGGCCCCGAGACCCCACCGCUGACAUAUGAUCUGGGUCCUGUCUUAUAUAGGAAAGGGAAGUUACUGGUGAUAAAAUUAAGCCUAAUAGGUAAAGGCAGACUUAGAUAUGAGUUCAAAUUCAACCUUGCCACAAGAGCACAUGUGCCCACCAGUAAAACACUGUCCAAAAAGAAUUUUGACACAAGAUUUCUUUUUCUGUAGUGUUUUACCAGUGUAUAGAAACUGAUUUGUAAUGGGAAGGGAGUCACACAAAAACUGCAGCAAACUGCAUGUGCUCCAGAAUUGCUUUUAGUAAUUUCCCUAUUUAAUUUCUCCAGAAUUUUGGAAUGGAACUCAGGGAAGAGUGAACUGGAAGGAAAAUAAAGUUGUGGAAUAGGGAUGAACAGAUCUCCCUUGGUGUGUGUGUGUGUGUGUGUGUGUGUGUGUGUGUGUGUAGUGUUUUGGGGUGUUAUUUAUGAAUUUUUUUAAUUCUGACUUUUCUUCGAAAAUUGUUUUUUUGUGAAGGUCCCCCAUCGUUACUUUCAGCCCUUUGGAUUCGGUCCCCGUGGUUGUGUUGGGAAGUUUAUUGCCAUGGUGAUGAUGAAGGCUAUCCUGGUGACUUUCCUGAGAAGGUGCAGUAUCCGGACUCUAAAAGACCAAGGUCUUAACCACAUUCCAAAAAACAAUGACUUGUCUAUGCAUCCAGAUGAAAGCCAGCCAUUGCUGCAGAUGCUUUUCGUGCCAAGAAAUAACGUGAGCAACAACCAUCAUGGGGAAUAA